GUCUUGGCAGCCCACGGGAAAGCAGGCAUGCAGUGCAUGCUACGUUCCACCUAAUUGUUGCACUCUCUCUCUCUCUCUCUCUACUUUCCACCUAAUUGUUGCACUCUUAUUCUCUCUCUCUCUCUCUCUCUCUCUCUCUCUCUCUCUCUCUCUCUCUCUCUCUCUGUUUUUUUCUAAAUCGGACAACGCCUCUCCCUACUUGCUUCUCUCACCUGGACCAUGAUGUUCUACUUUGCAUGCUUCUCUCACUUAUCUUAGACCAUGUUCUGUCUCCGAACUCUCACAAAUUUUUAACACUCAUUAAUUUCGAUUAGGAGGGGAGCAGUUACGAACAAAAUUAUAAAACGCCCAAAGGCGGCCACGUACCAAACAUCAAUUCAAUUAGUCUAUAUAUAAUUCCCAAAACAAAACAAAACAAAACCAAUUUCCUUUUCCCAUUAGGCCAAACUUUCUUAUCUUAUUAAUUGUACUCCUUGGCCUAGCAUGUUUAAGCAAAGAUUCUCAAAUACAACUGGCUUCUGCUUUAUCACCACUGCCCAUAUACAUAUAUAAAUCUCUACCCCAAUCAAAACCAUAUCCACAUCCCCCAUUUUUCUCUCUCCACCAAUUUUCUUGGCCAAAUUUUAUCUGGGGAAAUUAAGAAUGGGCCGGUUCUAUUUCCUCGUGGUCUUGUGUAUCUUCCCUUAUCUAGCAUCAGCACAACUCAGGCAAAAUUACUACGCCAAUAUCUGCCCGAACGUCGAAAACAUCGUUAGAAAUGCCGUGAAGCUGAAAUUUAGCCAGACGUUUGUUACGGUCCCUGCGACUCUCCGUCUUUUUUUCCACGAUUGCAUGGUCGAGGGGUGUGAUGCUUCGGUGAUAAUUGCAUCUAGCGGAAGCAACCAAGCAGAGAAGGAUAACCCGGACAAUCUGUCGCUGGCGGGAGACGGGUUCGACACCGUGAUCAAAGCGAAAGCAGCGGUGGAUGCAAUCCCAAGUUGCAAGAACAAGGUCUCCUGCGCUGACAUUCUUGCCAUGGCAACCAGAGACGUCGUCGCACUGGCUGGUGGACCUUCGUAUGCAGUGGAAUUGGGAAGAUUGGAUGGGCUGAGCUCAACCGCGGCGAGUGUGAAUGGAAAGCUGCCUCAGCCAACCAACAAUUUGGAUCAGCUCAAUACCUUGUUUGCUUCUCAUGGGCUAUCUCAAACAGACAUGAUUGCUCUCUCAGGUGCCCACACCGUAGGAUUCUCUCACUGCAGCAAGUUUGCCAACCGAGUAUACAAUUUCAGCCAACAAAAUCAAGUGGACCCCACGCUCGACAAAACGUACGCAACCCAAUUGCAAGCCAUGUGCCCCAAAAACGUGGACCCCAGGAUAGCCAUCAACAUGGACCCAAUCACCCCUAGAACCUUUGACAACGUUUAUUACCAGAAUCUACAGCAGGGCAAGGGCCUCUUCACGUCCGACCAGGUCCUCUUCACGGACUCCAGGGCCAAGCCCACCGUGAAUAACCUGGCCGCUAACUCGCCGGUCUUCCAGCAAGCCUUUGUCACGGCCAUGACGAAAUUGGGCCGGGUCGGAGUCAAGACUGGAUCCAACGGAAAUAUCCGUCGCGAUUGUUCCGCGUUCAAUUAAUAACCCGAAUGCGGGAUUGCGAUGAGUGAAUUGGGAAGAAGAGGAAAUUGUGUAUUUUUGUGUGAUUAUGCAAUUAUUCUUUGGCAGGUGAUUUUGUAAUUUGUUCAAUAAGAGAAGCUAAUUGUUUCUCUGACAAAAAAUAAGAGAAGCUAGUUGGGUGAGGAUUCAUGAAUGUGGAUUGUUGCUAACAUGAUCUCACGACAAUAUGAAUGAAAUUAUUAGAUGCUCA